CCGGUUUUAAUCCAGCUAGCUUGAUGCAGUUGAGUCAACGGACCCACAGAACAGCUAGCUAGUUAUGAAACUGAGUCCUGCUGCCAGUCAGAUCACCUCUCAACAGAUGAGGGGAAAGUUGCUGACAGCAUCAUUUUCAAUGGAAACACACUAGAAAGGUCCUCUGUGGGGAAACUCAGACUUUGUCCAUCAUGCAUUUAGAGGCUCAGCUGCGUCUCUGUCAGAGUUGUCUGUGGGGCUGCAGGAUUGGGCUGCGCCUGCUCUCCCAGAGCUAUGCACACAGAAAAGCUGUGAACUACUACAAUCUUCUGGGAGUCAAAUCUGAUGCCUCCUUUGAGGAAAUAAAAAAUGCCUUUUUUGACAAAUCUAAGAAGCUACACCCAGACAGCGACCCAUCCAACCCAGCGCUGCACAACCAGUUUGUGGAGCUGAACGAGGCCUACCGAGUGCUGAGCAAAACGUCGAGCAGGAAGGAGUAUGACUUCAAAAUCGGACAUCCAUACAGCGGGGGCCAGGCCUUCAGAUCUGCCUCCAGUCGCACCAGCUACAGAUCUAGUACGGAGACCCAGGAGAACUUUCGUUACUGGGAGCAGUUUCGUCAGUCUCAAGCACAGGAGAUGACGGCAGAGGAGUGGCAGAGGAGGAGGAGGAGAAACUUCCGCCUGGUGGGCUACUGCUUCAUCACGAUGGUGCUCAGCAUCGGAGCCCACGUAGUCUUCUUCAGGAAACUGGAAGAAGUUCACAAUAACUUUAUGGACGAAAAAGAUCGAGUCAUCACAGACAUUUACAAUGAAUCCAAAGAGAGGGCCAGGGCCAACGGUUUUAAGAAACAGACUGAAAUCCUGCGGCAGAAACAUGCUGAGUUUCUGGAGAAAUACAAGAUCCCCAAGGAUGGAGAGGACAAGUAGGAGAGUCUCCAACUGUGCACUGUGAUAAUGGAGUUUCAAAUGGCAGCAGGUGAAAGGCAGUGGACUGGAUGUGGUACCUGUUUUAGGAUUUUUAGAGUUUUUUUAUUUAAGUGAAACAUGUUAAUGUGUUUGUCCUCAGUUGAGUACUUGAAGACACACAGAACAUGGGCGUGAUGUGGGAAUGUUUCAUCUGGUCAUACAAGUGUUUCUUAGUGACCAAGCCAAGCUUGCACAUCCGACUGCACCGGUCUGUUGAAGCAUUUAUACGUACUGUGAUGUGACGGUCAUAAGGAUCCGCCUACAGUAUGUACACAAACCAUAAUGAACACUGUUCAAACUGCCUCUUAUGAACUCACAGGAACAUGCUAUUUAUUGUCUCUGCCUCAUUGCUGUUAGCGGGGCUCACAGAUAACAGCAUGAGUUGAUCAAGUCAAGACGAGACAGACUAACUGUAAUGUCAAUAUGUUUCUUGCUGAAAAAAAGAUGUUGACCGUGUGUUGCUGUUUGAAAUGCAACGCAUAAUAAAAUGUCCUCCAUUUGUUAGAAACGGAGUCAGAGAAGAAAAUCAAUAUUAUCACAUGAAAAGAGUGACACACUAACUUAUUUAGAGUCAAACUGUUGUAUUAAUAAUGAGACUGAACAUGUUCACAUUGAAUACAAAGAAGUUUGCUGGUUAUUUCAACAUUUACCACUUUACCUCUGUUUUUAGAUUAGAGAUUGUUGUUGUUUUUCAGUUUUUGACUGCCUUAUCUAUUCCCUGAUGGGAUGUCAGAGGGAAAUGAUUAAAAGAUCAACUUUU